AUGGGGAGGGGAGGGGAUGUAGUGGAUGCUACCAUUGCCAAAGUGAACCAGAUCAAAUUGUUUGCCGAUGAUAUGGGUUUCCUAUUUAGGCUGGGAUUCGGUGAAAAUCCGCCCAAUUUUGCCGAUCGGUCGCAAAAUAUUUGGUCAAUAGAUAGGAAAAAAUUUAGGAAAACACAAGAUUUUGAACGACAUCACGAAUUGUUGGAGAUUUACUAUGAAUUGGCGGAUAAAUAUGAUAUCGAUUGGCAACGAUUGGAUAUAUCCGAUAUGAAAACACCAUUAUAUGAGGCAUUGGCUACGAAAAUGUUCAUACAUUUGACUAAUCAGUCGAUACCGAAAACAAUUGAAGAACAGGCUAUGUAUUGGAAACAACAUUAUAAAACAGGAGGUAAUGUCCAGAAAUUUAUCGCAAAAGUCAACCAAUUGGAGGAUCUAUACGAAUGUUCGCCGCAUAUUAAUCUAUGCUAUGUUUUGGACGGUUCGGGUAGUAUUCAUCCAUUAGAUUAUCAAAUGGCUAAACAAUUUCUAUACAAUGUUACCGAUAAAAUUAGUUCAGAAAACGGACAGUUUUGUUUAGUAUUAUUUUCAUCCGAUGCCCAAACUAUCUAUGAUUUUCAGGAAACUGAUAAAACUAAUCGAUUGGAUCGGAUUAAAAUGCUUAUACAUCCGCGCGAUAUGACCAACACUAGCGGCGGUAUUCAACAAGCGGUCAACAUUUUAGAGUCCACCCAAACAACACUGCCCUAUAAGACAAUGUUUAUAUUGACUGACGGCGAGUCUAACUAUCCUCGAGGUGUCCAACCGGCUGUCAGUAAUGCCCAGAAAGCCGGUAUCAAGAGUUGGGUUUGGGGUGUAGGACCUGAUGUUAAGGUUACGGAAUUGUUGGAAAUUGCCUACAAUUCAGCCGAAAAAUUCAAACUGGAAAAACGAUACUAUAUAUUGGAUUUACCCAAAACUGGUGGUUUAGAUCUAACUGUCCAAACAAUUAAGGGUAAACUUUUCGGUUACUAUGCAUACCAUAGUCACUAUCCAUCAUCAGCUGUCAAUGAUGGCCAGUUUACUCAUUUUAUUCACAUACCCGGCCAUAAUACCCGUCGCCAAGUGUUUGUUGCUAUUGAAGGCCAAGAAUCAGAUAACGUUUAUCGUAUUAUUGCAACUAAUGUUUAA